AUGGAAGUAAUGUAUAACAUUAAUAAAAUUAAGGUUCUAAUUAAAAACCACUAUCCUAGUUUUGAUAAUGAAAAGGUCAUCUUAUACGAAAUAGAAAUUAAUUAUGAAAAUAAAUCUUGGAGAAUCGAGAAAAGGUAUCCUCACUGUAUUUAGCAUAAGGUUUAAACAGUUUAAGUAAUUCAACUAAAGACUAAGAGAAUAUUUUGGGAACAAUAUUCCUUAGCUGCCAAAGCAGACAUACACAACCUUUAUUGUAAGAAAAACUGAAUAACAGAUAAUUCAAAGAAGAAAAGGACUAGAAGAUUAUUUAAAGCAAAUUUUAUAGAAUGAACAAAUUGUCAACUCAAUAAUUUUUAAAGAAUUUAUCUAAUCUCCGUCAUUUACAAUAUCUAAAUUAUAAUUAGAUUAUGUAGGAACAUUUGAGUUAGGUCUAAGGGAUUUCUAUUUUUAUGAUGAUGCAAUAUUUGUUCUAUUAGCAGAGAUGAACCCAUUAAGUAGAGCAACUAGAAAUUUUCACAAUAUGAAGUUCCCUUGGUAAGAAGUGAUAGCUACUUCUAAUCUCAAACCUUUGGGAUAUUUGGAUUGUUAUAUUGGGCCAUAAAUGAUUUGGAGAAAGAAAUACAACUCAUAACCAAUUUGCAUGUGUGUUACUAAGAACAACAUUUUAGUAGGGUAAAUUGUAUAUGUAAUUUUGAGAUUGGAUAAUGGAAUAAUCAAUCAUCUUUAAUUCAAAUCAAAAAAGCAUAUGCUCUAAUCUUAAGACUUUCAAUAACAUGGUGGCAGGAUUAUGGGUUUGCAUAUUUAAGGAGACAAUAUAUAUUCUGUAAGUAAAGAUUAAAGAUAUAAAGUAAUGAGUAUAAAUAAAAGUUAAAUUUAUAUUGGUAAUUUUGAUAACUUAACUUUUGAGAUAUUCAUCAUAAGCAUGAAUUAACUUGUUUGAAAUAUGAUGAAGACAGGGAUUAUUCAUUUAUUGGAGACAGAGGUGGAAUCAUUUAUGCUUACAAUUUAGAUACUUUAAUAUUUAGUCUGGAUACUAACUUAUAAUUUAUUAGGGAUCUUAUCAUUAAAAAAUCCAAAGAUACAAUCAUAGCUAUUGGAUUUUAAACAGGUUAAGCAAUAGUGCUUAAUAUUUUUGAUAAAGUAUUAAUUUAAAUAUAACCUAAAAGGAAUUUUAAAAACAGGAAGCUACUUAAUUCAAAAACAAAAUUAAAAGUAGAUGUAUUGCAUGGUCUCAUUUAAGAGAUGAAGUUUACAUAGGGAAUUAAGAAGGAUAUGUUACAGUUUGGGAUGUUUAAAGAAAAAUUCCCAUUUAUGAAAUCAAGCUUCAUAAUGGCCCUAUCACUAAAAUCUUAUGGAAUGACGAAGAAGAAAUCUUAUGCACAUCUAGUAAAGACAAAACUUUAAAGGUAUUUUGUACUAAUUUUUAGAUCACCUGUUUUAAUAAAAAUAAAAGAGAAACCCUAAUUUAAAAAUUUAGAAUAUCAAAUAUUAACUUCAAAGGAAAUUCAUGA